AAAAUUAUUUAGGUUCAGUGAACAAUACUUUAAGGUUGGGAAGGCAAGAGACGGUUACAAAUUCGAUUCCUUUGUAAAAUACAAUAGACGAAGAAAUGGGAAAUCUCGGAAAAUUAACAAAACUAGGUGUAGUGAUUGGAAUAAUCGCGAUAUUGAGAAGUAUAGGUAAACAGUAUGGAUGGGAUAAAGAAGAAGCUAUAAUCUUUUUCAAAGAUUUAUCAAAUGAAUUAGGGUUUUGGGCGAUACCACUUUAUGUAUUAACUCAUACUAUUACUCUUGCUCUUUGUUUGCCUUAUGCUGUUUUCUUUGAAGCUGGUGCUUCUCUUCUCUUUGGUUUCUUCCCUGCUGUGCUAUGUGUGUUUUGUGCGAAGGUUCUUGGUGCUUCUCUCUCUUUCUGGAUUGGCAGGUUUGUAUUUCGUAGAUCAAGCUCGGCAAUGGAAUGGGCCCAUGCAAAUAAGUAUUUCCACAUCCUCAGCAAAGGAGUUGAGAGAGACGGCUGGAAAUUUGUUCUUCUUGCUCGCUUCUCACCGAUCCCUUCCUAUGUCAUAAACUAUGCCUUAGCUGCAACAAACGUUAGGUUCCUUGUGGACUUUCUGCUACCUACAGUUGUUGGAGGUGUGCCAAUGAUUUUACAGAAUACAUCCAUCGGCAGUCUUGCUAGUGCUGCUGUAGCGUCUGCCUCUGGUUCUAAGAAAUCUCCUGUACUCUCUUACAUUCUUCCACUUCUUGGGAUUAUGUCAAGCGUUUUAAUAUCGUUAAGGAUCAGGAAAUACUCCUCGGAGAUACGUUAGCCGAUUCAUCUUCUUCUAGCAAGGAUAUUGUUAGCACUAAAAGUGAGGGGAGCCGAUUCAUCUUCAUAAAGAAGUGUUCUUUUACACUCGUUCAUCUUCUCUCAAGAUUUGGACCAUAAAACUGAAAGUGAGGGGUUAAGGAAAAGAUGAUACUUAUAGCUUCACCAUCUUGUCAAAUCUCUUUAGGCUAAGUCUUAUGGGUAGAUUGAGCUGCUAGAUUAGCAAAAAAGUGUUACAGUUCAAAAAAAGAAGUGUUGUCUACUUGUUAAUGCUAGAAAUUUUAAAAUCUACCAGAAUUUUAGUCACUUUAAAAUCUACCAGAAAUUUUAUGUUGCUGGUGAGUUUUAAUUCUGCCUCUGUGUCUAUUUG